AUGCCUGGAGUACAGAACACUGAAGGAGUUAUUGAAGAGCAGCGUGCGGCCUUAGAGUCCUGUCGACACUUUCUUAGAGGUAAGUCUUCCUAUGAUAUCCUACCUGUGUCAUAUAGAAUGAUAGUGCUUGAGUCUGGUCUCCCUGUUAAGCGAGCCUUGAAUGUUUUGAUUCAAAAUAAAGUCUUGUCUGCGCCGAUUUGGGACUCGAAGCGGUCGAGGUUUGCCGGUAUACUUACGCUAAUGGACUUCAUUGGACUUGUACAGUAUUUUUUCUCCAACCCUGAUCAAUUUGACACCAUGGAUAAGUUGAGACUUAAAGACUUGAAAGAAAUCGAGUACUCUAUUGGUAUGCAUGCACCUUUGGAGAAUUGCACUAUCCACCCAGAGAGGUCUCUCUUCGAAGCUUGUGAGUUGAUGUUGCAGUCACAGACUAGAAAGAUUGCCUUGCUGGACAAGGAAGAUUUUACGGAGAGAGAACUAGUGGUUGGAAUGCUGACUCAAUAUAGAAUACUUAAAUUUCUAGUACUGAACUAUAAGGAUGUGCAUUUUAUGCACAGGUCCAUUAAUAGUUUACAACUGGGCACUAGGAAAAAUAUUAAAUCCUGCAAAAUGGAAACUCCUCUAAUAGACACUAUCCAGUUAAUGACCACUCACGAAGUAUCUUCAGUGCCUAUUUUAGAUGAAAACGGCGUACUACUUAACGCAUAUGAGGCGUCUGAUAUUUUAGGAUUAGUUAAAGGCGGUAUAUACAAUGAUCUUUCUCUAUGUGUGGGAGAAGCUUUAAUGAGAAGAGGUGAUGACUAUGAGGGUAUAUACACAUGUACUGGUGAAGAUAAGCUGGCUACCAUAUUUGACAUAAUAAGAAAAUCUAGGGUACAUACAUUCUACCUAGUGGACGAAAACGGACGGUUAAUUGGAAUCUUAACUUUGGGCGACUUACUACGCUACAUCAUCGAAGGCUAG